AUGGACGACGAGGACUACGUGGUGGCGGCGGCCGCGGGGGCCGCUGGCACACGAGGCGCUCGCCGCCUCCGCCGCGACGCGGUGAGGCACAGAGCAUGGAGAGCCGAGCGCAUCGGCGCAUCGGGCCAUCGCGUUGCUGUCAGGGCCUCGGCGACGGAGAGCGGGGCGGAGGAGGACUUGGCGAGGGGCACGGGAUGCCGGCCGGGGAUGGCGAUGAACGACGGCAACGACUUGACUGACACGGACAGCCACUGGCACGAGCUGCCGCCGCUGCAGAUGGGCGACCUGUGCAUCGCUAUGGAAGAGCUGCUGGGGGAUGCUGGCGAGACGGGCGGUGCGCGUGUGGUGACCGAGGGCGACUUUGAGGCGCUCUGCCGGAUGGAGGUGACGUUCAAGCGGAAGAAGGGCGAGUACUUCGCGUGCUACGAGUUUGGCGGCGUGGAAGGGAGGAAACCUUCCCGUUUGAAGAGCGAAGGCGUCGCACGGCGAGCGGCCUUCCACGCGCGGGAGCGAGAGGCGCGCGACCGCGAGGCGGCGCAGGGCCUCGCCGAGCUGCCGUCGGAUGAGGCGGCGGGGGUGAAGGAAGUCAGCGCCCGCGGGGUGCUCGAAAGUGUGGCGGAGAGCGGACCAAACUACGUGACGCUGCCGGCAGCGGAGAGACAGAAGGCGCGGCGGGAGCGGCUGCGGGUGGUUGAGGCGGCGAGGCAGGCUGGACAAGCCAUCGUCGACACCGGCACGCACGUCGAGAUUCUGGGAGUGCAGGAGAGGUGGUGGCCGGCCACCAUCAUGGGGCGGCAGCAGGAUGUGGACGGUCGGCUCGUGCACGAGGUCGAAUACGACGGCUAUCCAGGCGAGCAGUACUGGCACGUGCUGGACGACGAGGAGUGGCGGGUUGUGACGGCGCCGGCGUCGGAUGCCGCUGACGCAGCCGCUGACGCCGCCGGCAAUGCUGCCCCUGCCAACGGCGAGGAGAGCGACAGCGAGGAGAGUGGCGAUGAGGCCGCCCCCGCAGCUCUGACGCGGUUGGGAGUGCAGCGCAGCGCGCUGGCUGACGUGCUCGAGGACCUGGAGGACGAGCUGCAGGAGGAGGCCACGCGAGGCGACGACCAGCCUCUGCUGUCGCCGCACGGGCCGAACCUAUCGAAGGCCCUGCGGUAUGUGCGCCGACGGCUGCGCGAAUACUUGAGUGACCAGGCCGAGAAGGGGAAGACGGUGCCGAUGCAGCAAACCUCUCGCGGCCUGCACCCGACCAUCCGGUGGACGAUUCGGUUCGGCCAGUGGCUGGCGACGACGCGUAAAUACACGUCGAAGGCAAGUCGCUGGGACUUCUCCGGCCAGAACAACGGGCGAGAGCAGGUGGCGGUGGUGCGCACCGGCCGCGGCGAAGACUCGGUGUACGUCGCGAUCCAGCACAUGAAGAACCACGUCUGGCGCGAGGUCUGGCCCGCGAUGCCGGCGGUCGGGUCGGUCGAGGCGAAGCAGUACUGGCGGCUGGCGACGCACCACGUGAUGUCCCUCUUCGACGGCGGCGGCGGCGGGAUGAAGCGGGCGGCCGAGCUGGCUGGGAGGGCGGCAGGGCAGGCGGCAGCGCAUGCGAGCGCGGCGAUGGGCAAGAGCGCGGCACAGCAGCGGAAGGCGAGCGAGAAGGCGACCAAGAAGGCGACCAAGCAUACUAUGAGCACAUACACACACAUUAUCGCACACUCUGUGGCAGCUCCGUUCCACGUGCGCGACGCGGGCGUGGGAGCCGACUAUCAUCGCGUUCUCCACACACAUCGAUCAUCGUCAUCGAACGCCGAGAAUGAUUCUCUUUGCACUUUGAAACCGGACUUUGGACUUUGCCGGCAACAGCGCGCUCUGAGAUGUGAGAUCUGA